AUGAGGAUUGAGCCCAUUUUAUUAAUCCAUGGACCUUUACUCCGGUUGGACAUAAAAGAACCACAAACGGUCUCUUUUCUGAGCAGUAAAGAGGAAAAAGGCCCCAGCACACAGUGGGCCUCGUCUUCCCCGCUCAGCGGUCACGGCUACCUGGCGCGGCAGGAGGGCCGGCAGCUACGCGGCCCCCUUCCCAAGCCCAGGUCCCGCCUGGGUACAGAGCAGGAGGACCAGGGAAAGAACCGAGACCCCGACGUAGCCGGAGGCCGCUGGGCAGCUGGGCUCCACCGUCCUCAGCCCGGGAACGCGGUGGCCACUCUGGUCCUGCCCGGAGCCAGGGGACAGCUUCCGCGGAGCCUGCCCCCCUCACCCCCCGAGGCUCAGCCGCACUGUGGAACGGGGACACGUCCUUCCUCUGCUAACACAGCCCAGGCCUUGAGGGAGCGGUCCUCACCCAUCUCCGUGAAGGAGCAGGCCCAGGACGCAGGGGGGGCAGGGCAUCAAGCCCAGAUUCAAGGCCGGGCGGAGCGGCUGCUGUCACAGGCGCAGCUGUCCCCAGCUCUCCCCCGUCCCCACCGUCCGGUCCACGAGGAGCCCGCUCUGCCUCCAGGGAGCGUCUGGCCCCGCACACACAGUAGUUUUGUGAGUCCCCACGCCAGGCUCCGUCCGUCCCGGCAGCUCCCUAGACCCCUACAUCCUCCCCAUCCACCUCGGGGCUCGGUGUCACCGUCGGACAAGGCCCAAGCUCAGGGGGGUCGGGGGCACGGGGAGAGGGCCCGGGGCAGCAAGCGACAAGCGGCGACCCCCGAGGUCCAGGCCGCCCGCGGAGCCCGUCCGGACCCCGAGCGGGGCAGGAAGCCCCUCGGGGGCAAGAAGGGGUGGGGCGCCGCGGGCCGCAGCCGAGGCUCGGGGGCGGCUCGGGGGGCGUGGACCCCGCGCGAACCCGGGCCGGCCGCCGUGGACGCCCCGCCGUUCGCGAACUUUCCUGUGAGGGGCCCGCUCCGACUUUCAGUUUCCGGUUCCGAGAAAUCCCCUCAAGCCCGCGCGCGACGGCGGCCGUGCCUCCCGCCGGGCCUCCUGGCGCCGCGUGCCCCGCCGCCCCCGCCCCUCGACCUCGACCCCGACCCCCUACCCCAACCCCCGCGGCGCGACUCACCAACCGCCGCCGCGCGCCCGGAACUGCCUACCCGCCUGCCGCCGCCGCCGCCGCCGCCGCCGCCCCGCCCCGCCCACGAGCCCGCCUGA